AUGUCCCCACGAAUACAAGUGCUGUCAGACCUCCAUCUAGAAGUCAACAAUGAAUACAGAACCUUCAGUAUACCCGUGGCAGCCCCCUUUCUCGUCCUCGCCGGUGAUAUCGGCCAACUGAUCGACUACGAGGACUAUCUGCACUUCCUCAGCGUUCAGUGCACCCAGUUUCAACACGUCUAUUUGGUCCUUGGGAACCAUGAAUUCUACGGCCUCUCACGACAAGACGGACUCAAGCUGGCUGCGCGUCUCGAACAAGAGGCACAACUCCACGGCAAACUAAGCAUACUCAACCGUACCCGCGCUGAACUGCCUGGAUCUCCCAACAUCAUCCUACUAGGCUGUACGCUGCAGUCUAGAAUACCCCCUGAGUCCGUCGACGCAGUAUCCGGUCGCGUCAGGGACUUUCAACGUAUACUCAACUGGUCUAUUGCAAAUCACAACGCAGAGCAUACCCGAGAUACAGAAUGGCUAGCAGACCAAAUCAAGUCUAUCAACGACGAGAAGAAAGAUGCUACUAUAAUGAUCAUCACGCAUCAUGCCCCUUGUAUUCGGGAGAGCAGCAGGCCAGACCAGGUAGACAAUCCGUGGACGUGCUCUUUUGCCACGGAGCUAUUUGAUAAGGCUGCUGUCUUUUCUCAGGUGCAGUUCUGGGUCUUUGGACAUACGCAUUACACUACCAGCUUCGUCAAAGAGGGAGUCAGACUUGUAAGCAACCAGCGAGGAUAUCCUCAUACUGGCAGUGCUGUAGCAAAGGGAGCUUCCAUGUCUUCCCAUGACUUUGACGUCAACAGGACUAUAACACUGGAUUAA